CUCCGUGGUCUUGGUCUCGUCUCGUGGUUUCUGUGUUCGAACGAUUGGACGACGACGACGUCGUCGUGUCAGCUCAGCUCUGCGAAAGCCAUUGCCAUAGUCAGACAACAGGAGGCCAACAAGAAGUUUAGUGUUGCGUUAAAAAAAUAUUUCACACGGAAAACGAAGGAUUUCCUGAACAUUUUCAGGUACGAUUUUGGCCUGCAUUUAAAUCUCACCGAGUGUGGAACUCUUUCGGACCGGUCAGUGUGAAACGAAAGCAGUUUAUUUGGCUUAAAAGUUAGAAUCGCGAACGCAAUUUUACGGGAAAGUUGCCUUUCUGCGAAAUAUGUGAGCCACAUCCAACCUCCUCCGUGGUGGGCUCUUGUGCAACAGAGAUUGGUGGAAUCGAUUCCGAAAGUGUGUCGUGUCUUAGCUUCAUACGAGUGAAAAUCUAGUGUCCAGGGUAAAUUCCAUCACGAAAUUUACGUUCAUUUCCAGUGAUAGCAUUUAAUUCCGUUCGAUCGUGUGCAAUCUACGUGGGCCCUCCGAAUGGUGGCAGUAACGGAACGCAGGCGGCCGUGAUUUUCGCUGUCGACAUUUUGACAUCCGCAUACAUUCUCGCUUGCUGUGUGUAAAUAUGUCUGGAAAAAAAUGACACCAGUGGAGAGGGCAGGAAUUCAUCCGCCGGGAUUAAAGCGCGCCUAGUCGACAGAAGGACAAUCGAUCUCGUAAAAAGGAAUAGUAGCUGUAGCACUCGGAGUAUUUCGAGAUCGUGUAGGCGGGCGGCGGCAUCAUAUCUCUGGGAGUCUGUGCGAAAGUGUGUGUCCGUGUGUGCGUGUGCUGGCCAUCCCGAUCCAGUGUUCUCCUACUGGCACUGGAGUGAUAUCUGCUCUGCUCUCCGCGGUAUCAAGUGCACACGAAAACAGGAAAAUGAUGUGUGCAAUAAUAGAGCCUGUUCCGUAUUCAAGCUGAGCCGAGAGUUAAGCAGCAAGCAGUCGCGGUUAUUUUGCUUUUAUCGUCCGGCGCUAAAUAGUGAUGAUGUGAAAGAAUUCACAACCGCAGUGCUUAGCUUGCAUUAGUGGAGUGGUAUCGAAGUUGUGUGUGUGUGUAAGUGUGUCUAUACGCUGAUUAUCACCGUUUCUAGGCAUGUGUAUGUGGUUUUUGUUCUACCAGUGCAGAUGCGGUAGAGGCGGGUAACGAAGCUUGAAUUUAAAAAAUCAGCGGCCAGAUAUCGUGCCAGAGCGACGGAGAAAUGUGUGCAGUGUUGAAAAGAAGGGAAAUAGAUACAACAUAUUAAUCGUAUAGCUCGGUUAGCAAGAGGUGAGAAAGAACAGAAUUCAGAGGAGGAGAGGUGUUAUCAAAUUCAAAAGCAACAACAAUCGUGUCCGGAUGAGUGGAGGCGAAUCCGACGGGCAUGGAAUUUGUGUGUGUGCGAAUAUGCUUAAGUAAGUGGAAAAAGCAAUAACAGGAGCUGCAAGGUUCUUAAAGCUCAUGUUGUGACCAUUUGUGUUUCGUCGCAGGGGGCCAGUCUCGGUAAUCUUAGCGUAAUAGCGAGAAAUAUGUGAAAAAUGCCAAUUUAACCAAAAUAGCAGUUGUGUGUAUCAGUGCGAAUGCUUGAAAUAAAUCUUCUAGAAGUUUAUGACAAGCGUGGGAAGCGAAACAAACCAGAGAAAUAAAAGUGGUAGUACAUAGCAAAUGUUGAAUCUCUCUAUCGGUUGCGUUCCGAACCAGGAAUCCUAGUGGUCCAAAGAAGGCGAUCUGAUGCUGCACGUGGCCCAGAAGGUCGAACCGCUGUACCAGAAUGAGCGGAACCAUUCGGGUCAUUCGGCUAGAAACGAAAACUGAAAGUGAAACAACUAGCGUAACGACGGCCGUGCCUGGCGGUUCGCCAACCAGAAGCGAUAAAGCGUAUGAGCAGCCGCUGCUCGGUUGUCGACGACAGCAACAGCAACUACAUCAACAACAGCAUCAACAGCGACAAAAACUGCUAAAUCAGCAACAAUGCAGUCCCAGGACGCGAUAGGCGAUUGCUCUCGUUACAUCUUGCAGGUGUAUGUCGGGGCCCUGUCACUCCACUAUGAAGCACUCAGUGUGGAGGCCUCAAAGCAAACCACGGCGGAGGAAAUCGUGUCCUGUAUUGUCGAACGGUUAGGAUUGACGGGUAACAACUAUGAGCUAGCUGAAGUGGCCGGAGAAUGUAAGGAACGGCGGCUGUCGUCCCACGAGAAACCCGUUUCCGUGAUGUUGCUAUGGCCGAUGCAUUCGGAGAAAGAUUUUCAUAGAUUUUAUUUACGUGAGAGACAAACCGAUGUUCCUUGGCUAGAUAAUUAUGGACUGGAUCCACAAAUACUAAGAGACUUUAUACCAUUUCUAUGUCAGAAAGACAAUAGAGAGUAUCCUGAUUUGUGCCAAUUGCCGGACCUCAAUGAAGCAACACUGCUGGAGAAUCUGCGGCAGCGCUUCGAAGCUGGCCACAUCUACACCUACGUUGGAAGCAUACUGAUCGCGGUGAACCCGUUCAAGUUUCAUCCAAUAUACAACCCGAAAUAUGUGCGGCUGUACCAGAACCAACGGAUCGGACCGAUCCUGCCGCCCCACAUAUUCGCGAUCGCUGAUAACGCUUACUACAACAUGCUGAAGGAGAAGCGAAAUCAGUGUAUCGUUAUCAGCGGCGAAAGUGGUUCCGGUAAAACCGAAAGUACCAAUUUUCUGCUGCACCACCUGACGGCUCUGUCCCAGAAGGGAGCGCACGGAUCCGGCGUGGAGCAAACCAUUCUCAGUGCCGGACCGGUGCUGGAAGCGUUCGGAAAUGCCAAAACAGCGCACAACAACAACAGCAGCCGGUUCGGUAAAUUCAUCCAGGUCAACUACCGGGAAAACGGUAUGGUCCAGGGUGCAGUCGUGCAAAAAUAUCUGCUCGAGAAAAGUCGCAUCGUUUCGCAGGGGCACUACGAGCGGAACUACCACGUGUUCUACUAUCUGUUAUCGGGGGCCACGGAACAGGAACGAGUAGCGCUUCAUCUGCUGCCAGCUGAAAAGUAUCACUACUUGAACGCCAAAAAUCUUACCCUGGAGAACUGUGACGAAAAGUAUGAAUUCUCGCGGCUAAAACAGAGCAUGGAAAUGGUCGGAUUUUCGGCCGAAAAGCAGCGGAGGUUGUUUGCCGUUUUGUCCGCUGUUUUGUUGCUGGGAAAUGUGGAGUUCUUUCCGAAAAAAUCCACCUAUCACCACGAUGAAAGUGUCCAGGUGCGGAACCCGGAAGUGGUUGGACUGAUAUCGGAGUUGCUGCGAGUUAAGCAGGAAACGCUACUCUCGGCGUUAACAUCGAAACGAGUCAAGGCCAGCGGUGAAACGUUGAUCAUGCAGUACAAGCUGCCGGAAGCGAUCGCCGCUAGGGACGCGCUGGCUAAGUGUCUCUACGGAGCACUGUUCGAUUGGAUCGUCCUACAGGUGAACCACGCGCUGCUGAACAAGGACCAAACCAUGCAUACCGGACACUCGAUCGGUGUGCUGGACAUCUUUGGCUUCGAAGACUUUGGACUGCAGAACAGUUUCGAGCAGUUGUGCAUUAACUAUGCCAAUGAGCAUUUACAGUAUUAUUUCAAUUUGCACGUGUUCAAAUAUGAGCAAAAAGAGUAUAAGAGAGAGGGCAUCAAAUGGACUGACAUUGAGUUUUUGGACAAUUCGGGAUGUCUGCAGUUGUUUGAGUCGAAACCCUCUGGGUUGCUAUGUAUUUUGGAUGAUUUAUGCAAUUUCCCGGGAGCAACCAACGAAACUUUAUUGCAAAAGUUUAACAGCGUCCACAAAGACAGUCAGUUCUAUGAGAAACCUCAGCGGAAGGAAAAUGCAUUUAUCAUUAAACAUUACGCUGGCAAAGUGAAAUAUCAGGUGGCUGAAAUGCGCGAAAAGAAUCUCGAUUUGAUGCGGCAGGACAUUGUGAGCGUACUGAAAAAUUCCAGUAUGGCAUUUGUGCGGGAGCUGGUCGGUGCCGAUCCGGUGGCAGUGUUCCGAUGGGCCAUUCUACGGGCAUUUUUUCGCGGCUAUUUUGCAUUUAGAUCGGCCGGUAUCAAGCACCGAAAGGAGCGAACCGAUCAGUCCUACAAUAAACUCGCCACCAAGAGUCGCUACCGGGCUCCAAACGAGAGCAUCGUUAGUCAUCUAGUGACGGUUUCAUCGGUGAACCUAACUAUUAACCGAAUCGCUAAGCGAAUUAGUAAUGCCAUGCACGAUAUCACCUCGAACGUAACGAACAACAACAGCGGCCAUAGCGGAAACAGUGCCAACAGUAGCGGAAUAAGCUAUCGCCAGUCGCUUGGCCCGGGGACGACCGUAGCGCUAAGCAACAAUCUCGGGGCUAGUGGGACACCCCGGAGAUCCUGGUCUAGCUACGCAUUCAGCAAUAAAAACUUUCCGGACGGUAAGCUCAGCUUUGAAAACCAACAGCAGCAACAACAGCAGCAUCAAACCACCGGUUCCCAGUCCUCUGUAUAUAGUAAUAGUAAUAGCAGUAGCGCUAGUGGCAAACAAUUGUUGACAACAAACGUAACCGGCAGCGGCGGCGGAAAAAUGGGCUACAACUCGUCCCUGGCCGCCCGGAAUCGCUUCGAACGCUCGACGCAGGAUGUGAUGGCGCGCGCUUCGCAGAUUGUAAUGAAAAACAAAUCCUUUCGUCCCCGAGAACGACCGAAGAAAGGCCUGAAAAACUUGCAGUCGGUGAAAACGCUCUCCGCCGGCCAGAAUCUCAGCAACAAUCAGACGGCGGUGAAAACUCGCAAACAACCGCUCACGGUGACGGCCCAGUUCCAGAUCUCGCUGAUUGCCCUCAUGGAAACUCUCAAUCAGGCGAAUCCAUUCUUCAUUCGGUGUAUCAAAUCGAAUCCGAACAAGGUGCCCAAUCAGUUUGACGAUGCCACCAUCACAAGACAGCUCCGUUACACCGGCAUGCUGGAGACGGUGCGAAUUCGCCGGGCAGGAUACAAUGUGCGGCUCACGUACGAAGAGUUUAUCCAGCUGUACCGGAUUCUGCUGCCGAAGGGUUUGGUCAGUUCGCAGAAGGAUGUUCGGGACUUUAUGAACACGAUGGACCUCAACAAGCAGCACUACCAGCUCGGACUGACGAAGAUCUACAUGCGCGAGUCGCAGAAAAUGCGGCUGGAUAUCUGUCUGCACACGCGUAUCAUCGACAGUAUCAUCACGAUCCAACGGUGGUUUCGAUCGAUUUUGCAGCGUAAAAAGUACUGCCAGUAUCGGAGUGCGGCCUGCACGAUCCAAUCAUACUGGCGGUUGUACCUGAAGGAAAAGCAGGCCAAGUUCCUGCGUAAAAUUCGGACGGAGGCGGCCACCCUCAUACAGAGCACCUGGCGGGGCUACACGGUACGGAAGUGGUAUAACAGGCUAAAGACUGGCGUCCUGGUGAUACAGGCGCGAAUACGAGGGAAUCAGGCACGGGAGCGGUUCAAGGUGAAUUUAAGCAAGAAACUACAACGCGAACGUGCCAAAUUGCGUUCUACGCAAAGCCUCCCUCCGGUGGAACGUCCGUUGGACACUUCGUUCGAUACACCGGAGAUUCUGCAGCACAAGGCAAUCAUCGUCGGCGGCAAAAGGCAACCGACGCCACCCGUUGGCAUUAGUUUCGAGUCGGCUGUUGAUAUUGUUAACAAGAAUCAGGCACUGUUUAGCGACAACAGUCUGAGCAGUGCGGAUUUCAUCGAUGACGAUGACGAUGAUGAUGAUGAGGAUGAUGAAGACUGCUACGAGGAUAUGGGUCUGGUGGAUGAACCAAGCUACGGUGCAUCCGCGGCUUUGAGACGUGAAAUGUUGCUAGAGAAGAAUGCCUGCAGCGGUGGUAGCUCGGACGGUGGUCUGCUGGAUGGAUACAACAGCAGUCACGUGAAGGUGCCCCUCCAAAGGCAGGACGAUGUAUUGGAUCGGCCAAUACGAAAGUAUGAAAUCGAGCGAGCAAGCAAGAGCACAUUCGACGAUGCCGAAUUGGCUAAGUAUCGCUAUGAACGAGGCUUAAGCUCGAUUGGAGGUGCCAGUGGGAAGUUACCGGUGCGACGGGUAGACUCCGGACCAUCGCCGAGUCAUCGAGUGCGGUACGAUGCAUACGGCAGCAGCAGUGGCAACGCUGCUCUGAGUAGUGGUGGAAUGAUUCGAAAUCAAAACCACAGCAAUAAUAGUUUUAGUUCCAGUAAUGUUGAAAUCGUUCUUGUACAUACGGGCUUAGAUAGUCUCUCUUCAGUGGCCACUUCCGGAAUUGCCAAUAGCGGUGUCGGUAGCAGUGGUGGUGGCGCUGGUGGCAGCAGUUCACAUGCUCUACCCGUCGCUCCUGAGCAGUCGCAAAAACAUCCUCUUCAGCGGAAUCUCAACCGUAAUACGAUAAGUCAAACGCAACAACAAUCCAGUACCACACUCAGUCGCCGGGAACUGCUGUGCCGCAGCCAAGGCGACGAAAUCAACUCCAAUUAUCAUUUACAGCAUCUUCAGUCUUCAUCUCUAACGCCAUCGUUGUCGGGUGCCCUGUCUACUGCAAACUAUCAGAAUAUCCAGUACACUUCCACUCCGACGACGGCCUACCAUCAGCAGCAACAGCAGCAGCAGCAGCACCAGCAUCAACCGCAACAACCCCACUCCUUCAACAACAAUAACAACAACAACACAAUCAAACACUCCUCCAGCUCUUCCAAUGCCAACAACAGCAACAGUGGCAGUACUAACAGUCUGUACAACUACGUAACGCAGCAGCAGUCACGGCAAUCGUCAGAACAGCAAUACAUUCAAACUGGUAACGUCACAGGACUACAAAGUGGCCAACGCUCGAUGAGCAACUAUUCGGAUGAUUUCGUCCAGAAUUACUACAACACCGCCACGCCAAAGGGUAAAGCGGCAGCCCUGCUCGGAACCACCAAAUCGGAAGAUUCCAAGCACCCCGGCAAGGAUAUCGACUUGACCCUAUCGAGUGCAACCAACGCAGCUGUUGGUCCGGUUGCACCCAGCAAAACGCGCCGCAUCAAAACGAAUCUCAGUGAUGACUUUUCCGGAGUGAUUACCAGUGGACAGAAUAGUGGUUCCGGUCAAACGGCACUAAGGCGGGGUGCCAUCGCCGGAAUGGAUACGUUGAAGCGCCGUAAUUCGGAUCCAGCCAAUAAAAUUCCACUGCUGGAAGUGAACCGAGGAAACGACAUGUACCAGUCGAGUACGCGAAUUAACAUCGCCGGGCACCAGUUUCGCAAGGUGCAGCGGAUCAAUAAGGCGGAAAAAUGUGCCAGCUGUCAGGAGAGUGAUUCUUUCGUGAACGAAGGCUACCGAUGUCUGGACUGUAAGGUGCUGGUGCACACCAAAUGCAUCCAGAAUGGUGGCAUUAAGUCGCUACAGUGUGCCGCGAAGCGGUCAAAGCGGAUACGGACGGGAAAGCAUGACAAACACGCCCCGAUCGGGUUGGGCAGCACCAGCACACCGAACUCGAAGUUUUCCGCCACGAGAGAGUACACCGAUUCGACGGAUAAGAUUAUAAGUGAUGCCAAAGAGCUGCAGCUGAUGCAGGACUUUAUCACGCAAAAGAUCUGCAAGAUGGAAAGCGACUGUGAGAAGCCCUCGGAGGUGGACCGGGUGUUCAAGCAGGCUCUGCGGGAGUUCAAGGACAAUUUGGUGGCGCAGUACAGUGUGGCGCAUAAGCAGAACUCCGAUGUGCUGAACAUUAAGUACAGGGAUCUGAUCGCUAACUUCGAGCAGGUGAUCGAAACGAGCUCCGGCAAGAAGAACGAUUUCCCGCUGACGAUGGGUGUGAAUGCGUUCCGUGGCUUUAUGAACGAGUUCAUGAACUCGCGGGAAACCGAGAAGCCGAAGACUAAGCGGAAAAAAGACAAGAAACGAAAGCACGACGAACAUACCACGUACAACGGUCACACAUUCCAGCUGACGAUCAUCAACAUUGCAACGGCCUGCGAAAUCUGCCAACAAUUUCUCCUUUGGCCAAUCGAACGAGGAUUGGUCUGCCAAAACUGUCGGCUGACGUGCCACAAGCGGUGCUACCUCAAAUCGGUGGCAUGCAGCAAGAUAGCCAACUCGGGACCGCUGGUGCAGGGCAUGACGAGCGUCGGUGGUACCGGAGGUAGUGGCGUUGUUUGCGACUCCAGUGGACAACCCACGAAGCUGUUCGGCGUUCCGCUGACGGCUCUGUGCGCCGGUAGCGAUGGCAUCAAAAUUCCGGCACAAAUUUACAGCCUAAUCAUGAUGAUCGAGAUGCAUGGACUGUACUCGGAAGGUAUCUAUCGGAAGAGUGGCGUUAGCUCGAAGAUCAAGGAACUGAAGGUCAAGAUGGACCGGGGUAUGGGCAGUUCGGACGAGAUGGACUACGAGAGUUACAACGUGCAUGUUCUGACGAAUGUUCUCAAAUCGUUCCUGCGGGAGAUGCCAGAGCCACUGCUAACGUUCGACAGGUAUGACGAUUUUCUCCGAGCAGCGGAUUUGUCGGAUGGCAACGAUAGGGUACAGACGAUACUGUCACUGAUCAAAAAGAUUCCGCCGGCACAUCACUGUCUACUGGAGAGGUUGAUCUUUCAUCUGGCAUUGGUGGCCAAGCUGGAACAGUACAACCGGAUGUCGGCCAGUUCAUUAGCGAUUGUGUUUGCUCCCUGUGUGCUGCGUACGAAUCGAUAUGUUCCAGCGCAGGACAGUCUGAAUGACAUCGGCAGGCAAACGAAGUGUAUGGAGACGUUGAUAACGCAAAAGAUGUUGAACGUCAAGAGCACCCUUGCGGAUAUUGACACGUUAGAUACGGCGGCCCAUACGGCAACGACGAGAUUAAGUACGUUACGUAGCAGUAAAGUGUUCACGCAGGAAGAGAUGGUUACUAACUCGCGGGUUGGAGGCGGAAGCUUGGAAACGGAAACUGAAGAGAUGUUGCUGGAAGGACAUAUCCAGGAGAUCAAAAAGGAGAAAGCAUUGCUGACGUCGACGCUGCCCAGUCUAGCGCGAGCCAGUUCGGACGAUGACUUACUGUCGACGGAUCUGGACGGAGAAGGCGGUAGCUUGGAUGAUCUGAGUAGUAGUAAGGACAAGGAUCUGGACAACAGUUACAACAACGUGAUUAGCGAUAGUGGCAUCUCCAUCCGCUACCAACCGCCGUCGGAUCACGGAAGCAGUAAUGUUAGUCUCAACAAUGACGUACCAAUGGCUGUGAAUUAUAAUUUACGAGAUCAAAGCAUCGAUUACUUCCAUAAGGUAGGCAAAACGAAAUCUCUAUCCCACCAAACGUUGCUGGAUCGGGAAGCAUUUCUUAAAAGCGGUAGCCAUGGCAGCGGUUCCGCUACCACUCCUCAAUCGCCGACAGCAACGAUCACCGCGUCAUCUUCGUCACCCUCGUCCUCAUCGGCUCCGUCAAUGAUUAAAUCACAGAACGGAAGCUCCAGCAGUGUUAGCAAUAAUAGCAGCAGCAAACGAUCCGAUAGUCAACAGAUGAAUCUCAGCCAUUCGAUGGUAACCCUCUCGACCGACGGUGGUCGCAGUGGAACGGGUGGAUCCGCCAGCAAUUCCUCGUCGUCCACCUCGGAUCUGCAACGACAGAAGCCAAUCAUUAUGCGCAGCAUAUCCGGUGGCUACGAGCCGUCGUCAUCAAUUGGCAGUUCGGGCGGUAUUGGAAGUGCCUCCCAAAAAAUUCUAAUUCAGCAAUCCGCCUCGAUUCCGAUCGCUGCCACGUGCGCGUCAUCCUCGUCGCUCGGAAACGUUAACAGUGGCAGCGGCAGCGCACUGAAGGAUAGCAAAGAAGCAAAAAUGAACCGUCGAAUGUCCGGUAGCCGACGGCAGAACAGCGGCGGCGGAGGUCCUCCCUCUUCUGGACCAUCCGCUGGUGGUGGCGGCGGGGGCACCGCAGCAGCCGCCGAUGACGAACCGAUUAUGGUGUGAAUCGGAGAAAACUAGUUCAGUUUAUUUGAUUCGUUAGUGUUUAUUUUUCCCGUAAAUUUCUUUAUUGUUUUCUUUGGAGAAAGUAAACGAAAACCAGUCCGGUUGGUAGGAAAACACGUGUAUUUAAAGGUUCAAUAUUUACUUUUUCGUCUGAUCACAAGAAGAAGUAAAAAAAAAUCCAGCCAGACAAGCAAAAGGCAAGUCGCAUUCAGUUUUUAUGUGUAAUAGAAUUAUUAUAUGGAUGAUUCAUUGCUAUUGAUCUUAUUUAUAAAGCAAAUCGCAGAAAACAACUUGUAACAUUAAAACGUGAUCAUAUAGGAAAGAGAGCGAGAGAGCAUCAUAGUAGAUAAGUGUGGUGUGCGUGAGUUACGAUAGUGUUUAAUCGCGAUAAACGAGGUGUGGGUGGGUUUGUUAUAAUAUGUGUGCGUAUGUGCGAGUGUGAGUGCGUGUGGGUGUGUGUAUUCGUACAUCUGUGAGCAGCCAUCUGUGCAAGUGUUUAGAACGUAGAAUAUUGAAUAUAAACAAACAAACUCAUUAAACUACUAAAAGGAAAAAAAGAAUGGUAACAUACAAGCGCAUAUAUAAAUUCACAUAUUUAGAUAGUGCAGAAUGAAUCCAUAUAACAAAAAAUUGGAGGAAAAUUUAUACAUAUAUAUAAUAACAAUCACGCUACCCCCGAACGAAUGAUUAAACAAGAAACUUUAUUUGAAAAUCGAACAGUGUGAGUAACUUGUUUUUGGUUUUAUCCAUUUAUUUCCCGAUGCCGAACUCAGUUUUCUUAGGUUCUUUUUUGUUUGGUUUAUUUGGCGUGACCAAGCGUCUUCAUUAAAUUUAUCGUUAUGGAGGAGCAGUGUUUUAAUAAUUCACACGCGAUUCUAUGAGGAACGAAGUUUUUUCCUGAAAACACACUUGGUCACUACGAUCGCAGUAGGCUAGGCUAUGAGUGCCAUCGUUCGCAAGUUUUUCGUUGUCAAACUUUGUCAACAUUUUCGUGCUACUUUUUAGUGCGGUUUCUCGAAUAGUUGUUUGAAUAAUUUGACAGUUCCUAACUAAAAUGUAUAAGUAAGUCAGGUUAGUGAAUCUCUAAAUGUCGUGUAGAGAUCAAGUGACUGUUUUUUCUGUAUUGAUAACAAACAUUGAAAGAACGGUAGCAGUUUUGGAAUAGUCUAACAAUCGGUAUCCUCGUCGUUUAAAGUUACAUCCCAUGAAAGAGUUGAAGGUGAAAUCCAUCGCGAGUAUUUUGUUCAAUUUUUCUUGAUCUUUAACAUCUUCUCUUCUCUCAAAUUUAUUACUAUUUAUUUUACAAGUCAGUAAAAUACAAACAAAAAUCUGCUGCAGUGCGCCUAAACGUAGGCAAAUAAAGCUCGGAUUGCUUACGAGAAUCAAACAGCGCUUGGCCAAAAUUUUUAUAAAUACGCAUCCCUAUUUCAGCCACAAGCUCAAAUCUUUUUGAAUCAAAACAGUUUGGUCAAUUGCAAAAAUGCCAUUCUGGAUUUUGAUGAAACUGAAAGUUCUUUUUCCGAAAACUUGCCUCUUCAUAGUCUUUCCUCGCUCUGGUCUAUAAAAUUUACACUAGAAGUUCAUCUACUAGUAGUGAUGCGCCUAAAAUUAGGCUUUUUUACUGAAUAAAUCCCGUUCAUUUUAGGGGUCUUCACGUCGCGAUCGUAUACAAAUACCUCUAGCCGUAAAAUGUGUAUCUUUUAUUACACGUCAAUGGAACUGAGUAUUCAUAAAGCUGCGUAUUUGUAUACAAGUUCGAUAUGAAUACCCAUACUAUUUCCGUCAUAAAUUAUUUGUCUCCAUAGGUGACGGAGAACAAUUCACGGCAUACUAUGAUAGUUUGUGUUCUAUUUAUAUUUAUUAAGCUAACAUUUUAUUGUUUUCCAGUUUAUUCUAUUCAUUUAAUUUACUCAAAGUAAAAUUCUAAAAUGUUCCCCCACUCCUGCAGCAGUCAGUAACGCGUAAAACAACAUUAAUGUUAGUCGAUCAUUAAAUCAAUAUUGCCUUUGUGAUUACACUCACACAAACAGUGAUGAAUGUUGACAAAAUAUGUAAAUUAUAUACUACAAACAAAAAUCAACCAUUUCAAGUCUAACUAUUAUACCAUGUUGAAUGUAAUCUCAUCGUCGUGAUCCUAGGAAACCCAAAAGUUGUAAACUCAGACUACAAUAACUAUAGCAGAACUGAGCCGAACUGGAUUUUUCGAGCGAGAGUUAAGAAUGCAGAAGAAUCAAGGUCUGGCAGACAACAACGUUUAAACAAUGCAAACAGAAAGAUAAAAAAUAUAUAUUUACAAAUCUUUUCUUGCGUUUCGAGCAGAUUAUGCCUACGAAUGAGAAAAUGGACACAAAUGAAUUACAAUCAAAACUAACUCUUGUAAAAAAAUAAACAUCAAAAAGAAAAAAACGUUCUCAGUGUCAGGAAUUUAUCAAUAAAUCAACGCAUGUACAAUGUUUAUUAAGCAUAAAAUGGUAAUUGAACUUUUUCGUUUUAUUUUCAUUGAACUAUUUUUAAUCUGUUAAAUCAAUAAAACAAAUGUUAACUUUAAAACGAAAACAAAACACAUUUAAUCGUGUGCUAGUGACUAAAAUCUUUAAACUAAUAAAAAUUCGAAAAUCUAAUUGUUUUUUCCGAGGGUGAGUGGCCUUCUUUUUCCUUUACUGUUGUAAAACACUAUGCAAACUGUUUUUAUUCCCCCUAUUCAGUAUAGACGUUAAACUUUGAAGCAUUAUUUAACGACUCUCUAGCAACGGUGUGGUGAGUGAGGCCAAAUCAUAUGCAACUCAGUGAACUGACUCUUUUUUGGAGACUUUUAUUUACUAUUGAUGAUAACGUUGCACCAAUUCAGUCAGACGCGCUAUCCAAUCGCGCGUACGCGAAUAGGGACUACAGUCCAGUUUAAUUCCUGGAAGUGAACCGCCGAUAAUUGUCAGGAAGAAGGACAAACAAAAAUACAACAUACCAUCGACACUGUUAGUAAUCUUUAGAUACGUUUUCAUCAGCUAACGGAACUUGAAGGAAGGUGUCGUUCGAUAGUUUUAGGUGGGUGUAUUUGAUUUCAGAAAAAAAAAUUAAGAUAGAGAAUAUUUAUCAGCUUACAGAUGGAAAUCUACUAACAAGAAAAAAAUUAACAAUUGUAACAUAAACAGUACAUAUGAACAAAAAAAAAAAACUAUUGAGUAACGCAGCAGUCUCACACAGUAAUAACGACAGCGGACGAGCUGACGAAAAAUAAAAUGGCAAAGAAAAAAUCAGAAAACUAUAUAUACAAAAAGAGAAGAAAACUUUACUAACUCAUAUACUGUAUUAAAAUUACUGUUAUGUUAUAAUUACUCGAUAAGACGGAAGUAGAGACGGUAGAGAGUAGGAAGGAAAUGAAGUAGACAUCAUUGGACUGGGCGUCCGUGAAUUGUGGAAUGUUUUUAAGGAAUAUUUCAAUAAACUUGUUAAAAAAUG